CAAUACUCCACCAAAUGUGUCACCCGCUAAACUCAAACUGUCAAAAUCAUGAAAUUCAAUUUCAAAAUACGAAAGUAUGUCUAAACUUUAUUUAAUUCCAGAUGAUAACUUGCUUCUAUUCGGAAGUAAGGAAGUCAAUAGCGUAUUUAUGUACUACUAAAUUAUAACAAAAUACUCGACUUAGAGUUCAGGAAUGUACAAAGGUUUUGAUCAAUAUAACCUUGUCGGUGGUUAUCUAACAAAGUUCUAUUUGAAUGCUUGUACUGUUAUUAUUAAAAUUUAUAGCGUAGAUAAUUAGUAAGUAAACAUCGUAACAUCACACUACUUAAAGUAUCGGAAGGGUUUCUGCGACAUUGAAUUACAUUUGUUCAAAAAUGCCUGACCGCGAAGUGGAUUUUUAUCGAGAGACAUGGGUUCGCUAUUUAGGCUAUGCCAACGAAGUGGGAGAGUCAUUCAGAGCAAUGGUGCCACUGCGGGUGGUGCAAGCCAGCUACGCUCUCGCCACUGGUUAUGUACUGGCCGACACUGCGGACAAGAGUUGGAAAAUGAUCAAGAUGGCAGACCUAAGAAGGUUCUUAUAGAAACUGGAGAUGCUCUUAUUUGGCAAACUCUAGCCUCUGUUAUUAUACCUGGAUAUGCUAUUAACAGAAUAUGUCAUCACAGUCAACUAUACUUCAAGAAGCAUUACCGUAGGUUUCCUAUACUUGCAAUAAAUCUGAUGACAGUUGGUGUGGGUUUGAUAUCCAUACCUUUUAUAGUACACCCUAUAGAUAAUGGUGUGACAAUAUUAAUGGAUCUCACAUAUAGACGGUGGUUCAAAUAACUUUAGAUUUUACAUACAUAUAUAUAAAAACCGCUUAAAAUAGGGACUUUUAGUAUGAAGUCAUUUGCCAAAAAUGUUUUACUGGUUAUCUUAAUCAGAUAUUCCAGUAUUUAUGGUUUUUGUCGCUUUAACUGAUGGUCCGAUGGUAUUAAGCGGUUUAUAUUGUAUAUGUUAAAAAUUAAAAGCAAUAUAAUUAAACAUAGGCUGGAGUUCUACCUCAAGAUAAUAUAGGUUAUGUGCCAUAGAAAAGAUAUUGUAGUAUAUGUUCUAAAUAAUCAAAAGACAAAGUACCAAUAUUAUAUAAAAGACAAUAUUAAUUUAAAUUUCAUGAGGAAUAUUUUUUUAUAUAUCCAUUUUUGACAGAAAUUGGGAUGCAUAAGAAGGGGAAAUGUUUUCUGUCUGCAUCCCUCCCGUCAAGUGUUAAGUGCAUUGCUGCUUGUAGAUGUCUAGGCAGUGGUCGCUUCACUACUUUGGCGAAUUCAUGUGAUUGCUUGCUCGAUAAAAAAA